AUGUAUCCCCCAUUCCAAAUUCUCGCCCUUCUCGCUGCUUUAGCCCCGAGCGCUCAGGCAGCGCCCGUCCAUCCCCCCGCUCUUCCCUCAUACCUGAAUUCUCCUCCCCCUCCCCCUAUCCUCGAACACUUCCCGCUCACACCUCGCAUCGCGGCUCUGGAGUCGCGCGCCAGUAUUCGUCCCGAUAUCCAACCUCCGAAAACACAGGGCUGGAGCGCGGGACAGAUCGCCGUCGUGGUGGUCGGGUGCGUAGCGGUGGCGUGCUUGCUGCCAUUGGUGGGGAGGAUGUCGCGGUGCUUUUUUGCCCGUGGGAAGCUUGCAGGAAAGGCGGAGCAACGUGGUGCAGAUGUGGAGAAGGGGUCAGAGAAGGUGGAACGGGAGAUGAUGGGAGUGGAUGAACGCCAGGUUGAGCACCCGGCGGAGCGCUGGGACUCGGUGGAGUUGAUGAGGCCACUAAUUGCGCCGGAGAUGGCUGCGGGUACGGAUCGGGAUGAACCGAUGGAGCCUUCCCUUCCCUUCCCUUCUCUUCCCGGCAACCCCUCUCCCUCCAUUGCCCACCCAGACUCCCUUCCCCCCCUUCCCGACGCGGAAAAAACCAUCACACCAACGCUCCUCGCAGCAGUCUUCCUCACCCACGCCCUCACCGCCGCAAACCCACCCCCCAACUCCACCACAAUGACCGGCUUCACAUGGCCCAGCCCAGCGAACCGCACCAAUAGCACCAAACUCCUGCUCGACUACUCCCAUCCAACAGCCAUGCGCGAGGCCCUGGACACUUCCACUUCCGCUUCCGCUUCCACCUCCACCCCCGCCUCCCAUCAUCACACCCAUCACCACCUGACCAAGACCGGCAAAGCGCUCAUCAUCACCGCGAUCUGCAUCGCGCUGCUCCUCUUCUGCGGCUUGCUCUACUACAUGCUGCGUAUCCGCACGCUGGGGAAGAAGACUAAGAGGGUGGAUGGUCUGGAGGUGAAGCCGCAGGAAUGGGGGGAGGAGAUGCAGUUGCCGGUUCGGAUGUUGACGGCGGAGGAGGUGGAGGGGAAGAAGAAGACGAAGGAGAAGAAGGGUGGCGUUGCUGCAAUGCCGCGGGGGACGAAGGAGACGCGGCAGGAGUAUGAGGAUGUGGAUCUUGGAGGUGGAGGGGCGGAGAAGCCGGAGGCUGAUGUCCGGCUGUGGUUUAUGAAGGAGGGGCGGGGGGUUUGA